AUGAAGUUCAUUACAAUCGCUACUGCCCUUUUCGCCAUGUUUGCCGUUUCUGCAUUUGCUCGUCCCAAUGACCACGAUGACGAUUACGAUGAGCAUCACGGUGGAGACCACGGCGGUUAUCAUCACGGUUAUGACCACGGUUAUGGCCGUGGCCACAGCCGCAACGGUGGUGACGACGACCUCAAAAUCCAUGGCUGUGAAGGUCAAGGCGAUCUCACUGGUCUCCUCCCCGGAGUCUUGCAGGCUGGUAUCCUUUCCAACAACAAGAAGUACUGCAUCCAAACAAUCGAAGACACCGACCAUUAGAUAUAGCUGCAUUCUGUCUAGCCAUUGUCGUUGUUGGUUUUCAUCAUUCUCAUAUCAUCUCAUCUUUAUUACUGCUCCUCUACGUAGUACAUUUUUCACCAUUUGUAAUCCCUUUUGUGGAAAUGUUUUUGUUAGAAAGCAAAUAAAUCAG